GUGGUUGAGGGCACAGGAUUGUCCCACUUGGCAGGGUGUAUGAUGCAGCAUUUAGAUACAUCUUUGAUAACGGCAUUUGUGGAGAGAUGGCAGCCGUACACGAACACCUUCCAUAUGCCAUUUGGAGAGAUGUCGAUUCUUCUCCACGACGUGCAUCACAUUCUUCGUAUUCUAGUUGAGGGGGAGCUUAUGAGAGAUGAUCCGCAUCCAGAUGUUCUUAAGUUAGACAUGCAUGAUCUAGUUCGGGUCCCGGUGGAUGGUCCUGUUGGUGGUAAGUGGAAGUCGAAGUGGUUCCUUAAUGGUGGUAUACACGCAGAGGGAUUGUUGGUGCGUGGACGAGAAAUGAAGAUUAGGGACCUGGAGGUGCAGACUUACUUGUUUGUGUUGUUGGGAUCCACACUUUUUGUGGAUAAGAGUCGCGAUCGCCUCCGUCCUGCGAUCAAUGUAUUUCUGAAGGACCAGCGACGAGUGGCCGGUUAUGCCUGGGGAGCUGCUGCACUCGCCUAUCUCUACAGACAGCUACGGAUGGCCACACGAGUGGGGAGUAAGAGUGGUGAUGAUGCUAGACAGCGCUUGGUACGGUAUCGACAGAUGUUGGAUGAGAUGUCAAGGGAGGAUGUGUCUUGGACUCCUUACGGGCGAGAUGUUGGCACGGAG